AUGGAAGACAUUGCAUCUACCAUUGGAAAAGUAAAUACCCAGGACCAAGGCACUCGAUCCCUAAGAGCAACAGCCGCAACCGAGCAGAAAGGAAAACGGAAACCGAGCAGAAAUAGAGAAACAGAAACCGAGCGGAAAGAGAAACUGAAACCGAGCAGAAAGAGAGAAACAGAAACCGAGCAGAAAGAGAAACAGAAACCGAGCAGAAAGAGAAAUAGAAACCGAACAGAAAGAAAGACAGAAACCGAGCAGAAAGAGAAACGGAAACCGAGCAGAAAGAGAAACAGAAACCGAGCAGAAAGAGAAACUGAAACCGAGCAGAAAGAGAAACGGAAACCGAGCAGAAAGAGAAACAGAAACCGAGCAGAAAGAGAGAAACAGAAACCGAGCAAAAAGAGAAAGAGAGAAACAGAAACCGAGCAGAAAGAGAAACAGAAACCAAGCAGAAAGAGAAACAGAAACAGAGUAGAAAGAGAGAAACAGAAACCGAGCAGAAAGAGAAACAGAAACCGAGCAGAAAGAGAGAAACAGAAACCGAGCAGAAAGAGAAAGAGAGAAACAGAAACCGAGCAGAAAGAGAAACAGAAACCGAGCAGAAAGAGAAACAGAAACCGAGCAAAAAGAGAAACGGAAACCGAGCAGAAAGAGAAAGAGAGAAACAGAAACCGAGCAGAAAGAGAAACAGAAACCGAGCAGAAAGAGAAACAGAAACCGAGCAGAAAGAGAAACAGAAACCGAGCGGAAAGAGAGAAACAGAAACCGAGCAGAAAGAGAAACAGAAACCGAGCAGAAAGAGAAACUGAAACCGAGCAGAAAGAGAAACAGAAACUGAGCAGAAAGAGAAACAGAAACCGAGCAGAAAGAGAAACUGAAACCGAGCAGAAAGAGAAACAGAAACCGAGCAGAAAGAGAAACAGAAACUGA